CGCUGACGAACGCUCACAGUUGUGUUUACAACAACAACGUUGCAGCAAGACGACCAUGUCCCUCGCGGACGAGCUUCUCAAUGAUUUCGAGGAUGGCGAGGAGGAUGAACUGCUCUCCAACGAGAUACAAAACAGAGAUCCUGAAAAUGGAAAGAACGGAAUUGGGGACGCCAUGGAAGUGGACUUCAAGGUGCCACUGGCCGUCAAGCCCGGCUUGAGGUCAGUAAGGCAAGUUGCGAGACUCUGGGAUUCAGACAAACUCAAGGAGAUUAAGCAACAUAUUGAAAAAUAUGCCUCAAAACCGAGGAAGUCUGAAGAUUUACAGGGUCCGGUGACUGACCCAGAGUACAAGUUGAUUGUUGAAGCCAAUAAUAUUAAUGUAGAUAUUGAUGACGAAAUUGGUACCAUUCAUAAAUUUGUUAAGGAAAAGUAUGCUGUAAGAUUCCCAGAGCUUGAGUCACUUGUGGUAAAUUCUUUAGAAUAUCUUAAUGCAGUGAGAGAGUUGGGUAAUGAUGUAGACAAGGUGAAAAACAGUGAAGCAUUAGCCCAGAUUCUAACUCAGGCCACCAUCAUGGUGGUGAGUGUCACAGCGUCCACCACACAGGGAACGCUUCUCACAAAUGAAGAGCUCGCUGCCAUUGAGGAAGCAUGUAAAAUGGCCCAAGAUUUAAAUGCAUUUAAAAUUAGAAUUCUUGAUUAUGUUGAGAGUAGAAUGAGCUUCAUUGCCCCAAAUCUUUCUUGCAUUGUUGGUGCAUCAACAGCAGCCAAGUUGAUGGGAGUAGCUGGUGGACUCACCAAUCUUGCAAAACUCCCUGCAAGCAAUGUUUUGCUGGUUGGUAAGCAAAAGAAAACUAUGAUUGGAAUGGCACAAUCCUCCAUGUUGCCUCACACUGGAUUCAUUUACUAUUGUAGUAUUGUUCAGGAAACUCCUCCAGACCUUCGUGCAAAAGCUGCUCGUAUUGUCGCAGCAAAAGCAACCUUGGCAGCAAGAGUGGAUAGUAUGCAUGGCAGCCCAUGUGGGGCAGAAGGAUUGCGCCUUAGAGAAGAAGUAGAAAAAAAGCUUGAUAAAUUGCAAGAGCCUCCACCAGUUAAAGCAAUCAAACCAUUGCCACAGCCUAUUGAUGCUCCAGGAAAGAAGCGUGGAGGCCGUCGGGUUUUGAAGAUGAAGGAACGUAUGGCAGUCACUGAUUUGCGCAAAGCUCAAAACAGAAUGAACUUUGGUGAGAUAGAAGAAGAUGCUUAUCAAGAUGACCUCGGCUACACUAGAGGAACACUGGGGAAGGGUGGUGCCGGGCGCAUUCGCAAGAUCACGGUAGAUGAGAAGACAAGAGUGCGUCUGUCAAAAACUCUGCAGAAGGAGGUUCAGCGUCAGACAUCUUUAGGCGGUCAGACAACAGUAAGAAGACAGGUAGCUGGUACAGCUUCCAGUGUAGCAUUUACUCCCCUUCAAGGACUUGAGAUAGUUAACCCACAAGCAGCUGAGAUCAGCAGUCAAGCUAAAGCCAACAAAUACUUCUCAAAUGUAUUGGGUUUCAAGAAUGUGAGCAAAUAAGAUUACUUGAAGCUUAGGUAUAAAUAUUAAGGCGAUGAUUACUUAUCGAGUAUGAGCAACAGAAGUGUUUGGCUGUAAAUAGGUAUUUCAGGUUGUAUAUAUGACAAACAGUUAACCCUAAUCAUGACCAAUUUGAUCUGGCUUUGUUUUAUAUAUAAAUGUUAGUCAUGCCACCCAAUCCUUUGUGUUUAUUUGCAGGCAUAAUGGGAAUUAGUUGUUCCAGUCAGUUGAUGUAAAACACCAUGGAUAUUUUGAUUGUGUAAUUCAACCUCUCAGUUUUAUCAUUUUUUCAGUCUGUGGUAUGUAUAUCCUUGACUCAUUCCUGUAGGCCAAGAUUGGAUGGAGUAUGCUGUCUCAACUUUAUAUACACGGUAAUAUAUUUCUCUUGCAAAGUCCUUCCCAGAGGUCAGAUACACUGUUCUGUCCACAUUUUUUUUUUGUAUCCAUCCUUUGUGUCAGGUUUGCAUUGUGCAAUCCCAGAAAAUUUUAAAGUUUUCAAUAUUCCAAUGUUUGAACAGCUAUCAUAAUCUUACACCACAUAUUUUGUAUUCUGUUAGGCAGCAGAACUCAUCACUUCAAUCAUGUCUUAACCAUUUGUGAAUGUUUACCAUACAUGAACAUACACACGUUGGUACAGACCUUCAAUUUGUUGGGAAAAAAAAAAAAAUAUAUAUAUUUUUCAUUA